AUGACAACACUGCUGGUCUCAGGUCUGGUCAGUCUCUCUUCCUCUGUGCCACGUCAGUUCCAUGUGGUGAUGGAGAGGAAGAACUGGACAGAAGCUCAGCAGUACUGCAGAGAGGAGUUCACUGACCUCGCCACCAUAGACGACAUGACAGAGAAUGAGAAGGUGAUGUGCUUGAUCCAUGAAGCAGUUGCUGGAAAUGCUUGGAUUGGGCUGAAGAGGGGAGACUGGCAGUGGUCUCUGGCUGACAGGCAUUUCUACAGAGAGAAUGAAGCAGAGUUCAGGAACUGGCAUCAAGGCCAACCAGAUGAAGGUGUUCAAGAGUGUGUGGCUAUGAAAAAGGGAAAAUGGUAUGACAACUCAUGUAGCGCGACCCUUCCCUUCAUCUGCUAUGAUGACUCCACACAUCCCUAUGUGCUGGUUACUGAGGAGAAGACCUGGGCAGAUGCUCAGAGAUACUGCAGAGAGAAACACACAGACCUGGCCAGUGUGAGGAAUCAGAAAGAGAACGGCAAGAUAGAGGGAGUUAAAGGAGAUGAAGAAGCCUGGAUUGGCCUGUUCAGAGCUGAGUGGUCAGAUGGUAGCAGUUCCUCAUUCCGUCACUGGAAGGCUGGAGAACCUAAUAAUCCGGAUGAGCUGGUUCUGGUCCGUGAGAAUAAGACCUGGAGAGAGGCGCUGCAGUACUGCCGAGAGCACCAUGUGGACCUGGUGUCUGUGACGUCUGAGCGGGUCCAGCGCUGGGUGAGUGAGCUGGCUAAAGGAGCCUCCACUGCUCACGUGUGGGUGGGCCUGCUCCACUCCUACGGUGUGGGCUGGUACUGGGUUUGUGGACAGACCGUCUGCUACAGCAACUGGACCCAAGGGCACCAGCAGGUGGAGUCCUUCCAUCAAGGAGUCGGGGCAGUGGAGUCUGGAGGGGGGCAGUGGGUCAGCAACCUGACUAAGACUGACCAACUCAACUUCAUCUGCACCACUAAGGAUGGUUGUGACUGAAUGCUCCUCAGUCCAGAGCAGUGUUAGAGGAACUCCUCAGGGUCCUCCAGCUCCCAUUCAUGUUCACCACUCAUUUAAU